AUGCACUUACCAAGGCUCAAUUUUACUAUUUUAUGUUUAAUGGCCUUGCUUCUUCGUUUGGGAAUGUUGAUUUAUGGUGAAUGGCAAGACGCGCACAUGCAAGUGAAAUACACUGAUAUAGAUUACAAAGUUUUCUCAGAUGCAGCGCGUUUUGUAAUUCAAGGAGAAAGUCCUUAUAAACGUGCAACGUAUCGAUAUACACCCCUUCUUGCAUUUUUGUUAACACCAAACAUUUAUAUUCACAAAUCGUUUGGCAAAUUUUUGUUUGUUUUUGCAGAUAUUGUAGUUGGAGUUUUAAUAUAUAGAAUUUUACGUUUGCGAGGAUUACAGGAUCAAAAAGCUGUUAAUUAUUCCGCGAUAUGGCUUUUGAAUCCAGUAGUUUCAAACAUUUCGACGCGUGGGAACGCGGAAUCAUUACUCGGAGCCGCGGUGCUAUUGACCUUGUAUUUGGUGCUCGUGAAAAAGAUUAUCGCCGCAAGCAUUCUAUACGGAAUAUCUGUUCACCUUAAGGUUUAUCCCAUUAUUUAUGCCAUAUCAUUAUUGGUUUUGCUAGAUGAUGAAGAUUAUCGGGGUUUAAGAAGGAAGGGUAAGGAGAAAGAGCUUGAUAGAGAUUCUCUGAAAUAUUGGACAGGAAAAGUUGUUAGAUUUGUAAAUCCAACGCGAAUUAAGUUUGGCUUAAUAAGUGGAGGAGUGUUUUUUCUUUUAAAUGGAAUAAUGUAUUAUCUGUAUUCACAAGAAUUUCUCAACGAAACUUACCUUUACCAUGUUACACGCAAAGAUCAUCGCCAUAACUUUUCCCUUUGGUUUUAUUACAUUUAUCUCACUUUUGACAUUUCUAAAAGUUCUAUAAUGGCUUUAUUGGCAUUCUUGCCUCAGAUAAGUAUUGUAACACUGUUGGGAAUUGUGUUUGGCAAUGAUAUCUUUUUUGCAUGUUUCGUUCAAACCUUUGCGUUUGUGAUUUAUAACAAAGUUUGUACUUCCCAGUACUUUAUGUGGUAUAUAUGUUUAUUUCCACUUAUAAUUCAAUCCUCCACCAUCAAAUUCUUUUACAAAGGACUAUUUAUGUUGUUUGCAUGGAUAGGCGGUCAGGCCCUUUGGCUUUAUCAAGCUUAUAAUCUUGAAUUUCUUGGAGAAAACACAUUCUUCAAUAUAUGGUUGGCAAGUAUAGUUUUCUUUAUGGCAAAUGUUUGGAUACUAACCGAAUUUGUUCAAAAUCAUGUGUAUGAGAAAUGUUUUGAUUUAGGCAAGAUCAGAAAGAUUUGGGAAGUCGAGGAAGAAGAUAUGUCAAACGGACAGAGUUCAAAUAAUGGAUUAUAA